AUGUCGGCCGAAGCCCAGCCCAUCUCCGCGGAACGUUUCGCUCUAGCCAUACAAGACCUUCCCGCCGAGAACUUGUACUCCAAGGCUCAGGAAAUCGAAAGCUCCAUCGCCCACCUCGAGCGCUCAAAUAAACAGCUUCAAGAAUAUAUCGAUAGUAUCAAGUCAGACCAAAGCAUUCCAGAGAGCACGAGACAGGAGGGGGACAAAGACUGCUCGGAUGCAAUUCAAGAGAACCAGAUUGUGAUCGGUCGGCAGAGGGAGAGAGUAGAGCUGUUGAAGCGCGAGGUGGAGAGAAGAGGAGGGAAGUGGCACGAAGCAGACACAAACGGGAAGUCGAACGGGGUGUCAGAGGAGGCUGGAACAGAGGCUGGAACAAGCACAACAGAAACCAGGAACGGAGGGGGCAGACUGACCGACGAGGAAUUGCGGCGGCAGAUGAUGGAUCGGCUCGGAGGCGACGACGAUGAUAACAACGAGGACGGAAUGCAUUUGUGA